AUGAACCAGAGAGCUUAUGGCUAAAGAAUACCACUUAACAAUACUGGUAUUCCACCAGAGAGACUUGAGUCAUUUGUUAAGCUAGUGACUCAAUUUGAGUACAUUCCUGAAUACAUAAAACCUUAUAAAAAGCUCAUUUAAGAAGAAAACAUUGAUUUCAUUAAGUUUGUUGUUAAUAGCUUACAUGAUGUAAUCAAAUUUAGCGAGGAUUAUGAACCAUGGAUCUAGUUUAAUUCAAUGAGAUUACUAAAAUAAUUUAUUGAACUCUUUUCUGAAUAAUUCUAAUAUGAAGCUGAAUAAAAAUUGUUAGAUGUUUUAUCUUAAAUAGUAAAAUCAACUAAGAAUUCUGGUUACGAAAAUGGAAACCUCUACUUCAUUAAAUAAAGUUGUGUAUAAAAUAAAGAAUUAAGGUAUUUAGGUCAGCAUUACAUUUUAUUAAUUUUAGAAUGCUUACAAAUUUGGAGUAUUUGGUUUAAAAAUUCAAAGUAUGAACAUGUUUAUAUAGAUCUCAAAAGUUAUGGAGUAAGGUUUCCUUAAAAUUAUCUCUACUUUUCGCCAACUUAAUCAAAAAUGACACAAGAAUAAGUUUAAAAAGAAAUUUAAAGUGUUAAGUAAAAAUAUGAUCCAUAGCCUCCUUAAAAUACAAAAGAAUAAGACAAAAAAGAAAAAUUAGAUAAAGUUGAUAAAGCUGAUAAAACUGAUAAAGCUGAUAAAGAUGAAAAAACAGAAAAAUAAGAAAAAGAUGAAAAGUAAGAUAAAGCAGAUAAAAAGGAUAAAGAGAAAGAUAAAGAGAAAGACAAAGAAAAAGACAAGGAAAAAGAAAAAGAAUUAGAAAAAGCAUUGUUGACAGUGAGUAUUUCAGAUGAUAAAAAAAAUAGCUUGCAAAAAUUUAUAGAUACUUUGAUUGCUUAAUAAACAGAAAACUAGUUUUCAUAUUAGAAUUUAAGAACUACUUUCGGCAAUAAAGAUACAACUACAUAUGAUUACUCAGUUCUAGAUUCUUAAAUUUCUUAUGAUGAUUAUUUUAAAAAGUAUUAAUUUAUCAAAUCAUCUUUAAAGCUUAUAGAAUUAGGUUUUGUACCAUAAUGUUAUGCUUUUGUAUAUAUACCUUACAGACUCAUCAUUAAUAGAAUACUUCUAUAAACUUUCGAUAAUGACUAUUUGGAUUUAUUCAUAGAAAUCAUUUUUAAAACAUUGAUCAAUCUAUUAGAAUACUAAUAAAAUUAUUAUAAAUCUUUAAAAAAUGAAGGUAGAUAAGUUGUUAGUUGUUGUAAUUAGUAGCAAAUAUAGAUUAGAAGUUAUUAUGUUGAAUUGGUUAAUUCAUUAAUAAAUUUCAAUUCAGUUUUUUUUAAUAAAUAUUCCUUAGAAUUGGAGGGUCUUAUUGCUAAGUUAAAAAAGAACGAUUCCUUUUUCUUAUAUACUUUAUCCGACACUACAAUAGAAUCAUAAAAAAACAGAAAAGAAUAGACAUUUUAGUCAAGAACUCUUUAGCUUUAGGAUAAGCUAAAAACUCCGCAAUACAUGCUAAACAUGAGAUAAAUUUUCCUAGAGAAAAAUAAUAAAAUUACAUACAAGAGAAAAAUGCAAAUUCUGUAGAACAAAAUAGUUGCCUUUUAGUAUUUUUCUAAAGAUAAUUUGACAUGCUUUGAAGCCAAAAAUUUUUAGUUGUCUAGUAAAAAAAAACAUAUUAUUUACAUCAAAGUAGUUGAGUUAAAUGACGUCUUUAAAAUUUUGGAAGAUCAAGAAAAAUAAAAUUACCCUCUAAAAGAUAAAGAAUUGAGGUUUAUUCUUAGUAGAGUCUAAAUAAAUUAUGAUAAAAAAUAUGAAAAUGAAAAUAUUUCAUUAUCAAGAUUAAGUUUUAAAAACUGUUCAACUCAUUUAAUACAGAAUUUCACAACACUAAACAUUACUAAAAAAGAAAAGUUACCAAAAUCAUUAGAAGUUAUUAACUGUGCAAUAAAUGAUAUUGAAUUAAAAGAAAUACUAAAAUUAUUUGAAUCUUUAAAUAAUCCAGAUUAAAGUUAAAAACGUUACCCAAAAUAUAAUAUGAAAAUAAGAGUGGAGGGGUGCAGAAAUUUGACAUAUUAGUUUUUAGAAAAUUUCAACCAUUCUGUUGAAAAAUGGAAUCAAUUAUAAGAAAUAUUUUAAGGUGACAAAACUGAAUAUUGGAGACAUAUAUCAACAAUCCAGCUUAAGCUCAUAUUAAAAAAUUCAAUUAAUUUUAAAAUAGAAGAUAUUUUAAAACUUUCUACAUUUGAAUCAUUUAGAGGUGUACAGGCCAUUAAAUUGAAAAAGUUAGAUGGGGAGAAUAUGGAAUAAGCUAUGAGCUAUCUGCUAUAAAGCCGCUUAAUAUUUACAAGAGACGUUGUAUUUCCUUAUUAAAAUUGCUAUAAAAGCCUGCUUAAGGGAGUAAGCUUUGAUUCUUCUGUUUGUAGCAGCUUUGAAGAUCUUAAUCUACAUGAAGAGUAUUAUAAUAGCUUACAAAAAUUGAGCUUUAAAUGUACUUCUUAAAAUAAGUAGGCUAUAAGCUUUUCUAAGAUGAGGGGUUAUUCGCUAUCAUAAUUAAAGGUGUUAAAAUUAAAAAAUUGUAUUUUGACAUCAGAUUUUUUUUAGAAUUUAUCAAGCUUAAAAUGCGUUAGCUCAUUGGAGAAAUUAAAUUUUUAAAAUUGCUAAUUUGAUAACAAUGAUUUAAAUAAUUUUUUAAAGACAAAUGACUUAAAGAAUCUUUAUGAAUUAAAUUUGAGUAACACAAGCAUAGAUGAUAACAUAUGUUAUACAAUCUAUACAUCUUUGAGUAACUAAGUGUAUUUAACACAGCUAGAUAUUUCCUAAAAUUAAUCAAAGAAACUAACUCACAAAGGAAUUAAAUACUUAACUUAUAUUAAAAGUAUAGAAAAUUUAAAUAUAAGUAAUUGCUAGAAAGCUAUUGAUGAUACUCUUUCAAUAUAUUUGUUUGACUUAAUUAGAAGAAAAAAUAAGUUUUACAAAUCUUAAUAUGUUGAUUUGAUAGAAGAUUAUAGAAGUUAAUUGUAAUCAUAUGUUAAUUAAAAAUAUAAAAGCUAAUUGCCUAAAAUAGAAUAAUGUGAAAAAGAUAUUUAGCAAGCUACAUUAAUACUUGAAGAAGUUAGAUAAUAAAAGUAAACCUUUUUGUAGAAAGUAGCUCAAAAAGAUUAUGAAGAUUAUUUCAAUCCAAACGAUAGCAAUAUUUAUUUGCAUAUUGUUGAAUUUAAAAUUUAACAGCAUAUUUAAGAACUCGAAGAUACAAUAAAUUAAAUGAAGAAAAAAGAAAUUUAGCAUAAAGAAGAAUAUAAGCAAAUCUAUGAUAGAAUUAAAGAACUGGAUGAUAUGAAAAUAAAUUUUAAUCCAAAGUGUAGCAUUGAAAGCAUAGAUUUAUCUGGCAAUUAAAAAAUUACCUCUAUCUUCUUUGAUUAAUUUUUCAUGACUGAUUAUUUAGAAAAAUUAUUUUAUCUAAAUCUUUCUAAGACAAGUGUUUGUGGUGAAAUUUUUAAUUACAUCCAUCAAUUUGAUGAUUGCAAGGAUUAUAAAGGAGAGCAUUUUUAAAGAAAUGAUGUUUUAAUUAAGAAAGGAACUCUUGAAGAAGAUGAAGAUUUAGAAAAUGUUGCAUAAGAAGAUGGUUCUUUGGUGAAUAUUGAGGAGGUUAAAGAAGAAGAUGAAAAUACACCAAAAGAUAAAUAAGGUAGCUAAAAAGAAAUCACAAUAAAUCAAUAAAAAGAAGAUUAAAAAUCUGUUCACUCAAUUAAGGCAAAUGAAGCAGCAGUUAAAAAUAAUUAGUAAGAAGAGAUCAAAUAGAAAGAAUAAAAUAAUUUGACUAAUGCACAAAUCUAGAAAAAUACAAUUAACUAAAUAAAAUCUGCUUAGAAUGUAAGCUAAUAAGAAUUUAUGUAUGUAAACGAAUGCUUAGAGGUAUUGAUUUUAUCCUAGUGCAGGAAUAUAAAAUCAAAUAAGUAUAUGAAUUUGUUUAAUAUAGUCUUCCAUAAUCUCUAAGAAUUAAAUCUGAACAAUUGUAUUUAUACUGAUAGAGAAAUAGAAGAAUUCACAAAAAAUAAAUAGACCUGCUUUAGUCAUCUGAAAAUACUCAAUAUAUAAUAUUCGAACAUUACAAACGAAGCUAUCUGGAAAUUGUUGCAGGAGGAUAAAUAGCUAAUAGAAUUAUAUUUGGAUUAUACAAACUUAUCUAUAAACCCUUUUUUAAAUAGAUAGGUAGAGAAUGUUAAUUAAAAUUACUAGAAGUCUAAAAGAAAGAACUAAUAGCAACAAAAAACUACAAAAGGUAGAUAAGAAGGAGAGCGUAUAUUGCCCUCUGUCUUUGUGUUUUCUGCUACUGGAUGCAAAUAUUGGGAAGAUAGUCAUCUAUUAGAGAUUUUAGAACUGAUUUCAAGUUAAAUAUUUGAUUUUAACUACUUUUUAGGCUGUUAUCGUCACUUAAUUACUAAAAAACUAAUUUACUACAUCAUAUAAGAAUAUUAAUUGUUGAAAAAAUAUUUUUAUUUUAAUAUCAGUGGCGCUGCUCUCCCUGAUAUAGAAGAAUCAGAAAAAUAUCAAGAGGAAACUUAAUAACUAUUCAAAAGAUUCUUUAAUAGAAACAAAAAGAUAGUAAAAAAAGCUAAUGAUACAUAACAGUAUUACCUUGAAACAAUAGUAGUAGACAAUUCAAGGAUCAAUUAUAAAUUAUUCACUAAAAUUAUCAAAUAUCAUCCCAAAAUCAAAUAUAUUUCCUGUUUAAAUACUCCUUAUCUUCAUCCGUUAAGCGUUGCCCAUAAAAAAAAAACUAGCGAAGAUGUUCUAAAUUUAGAUUAACUCGUGUACUUGAUAAACUAAAAGAGCAUUUCACUGUAAGAAAGACAUAUUUAGGAAAUUUUUAUUUAAGUUAGAAAAAUUAAAGAAGAAGAAAAAAGAACUGGUAUCAAACUGAAAAAGACUAAGAAACUCAUUCUGAAUGGAAAUUAAAAUCUAAGUAGUCAAACACUUGACAAGCUUAUAUUUGAAUUAUUUCCCUAUUUAAAUUCGCUUUAUUUGUAAUACACUAAAGUUGAAUCUACAACCAUUAUGCAAAUUAUUGAAAAGGGUAAUAGUAUAGAAUAUAUAGGACUCAAGGGAUGUAUCCAUCUCUCCAAAGAAGUUCUUAUUUCUAUAUGUAAAUGUAAGAAUCUAUCUAAAAAUUUUAGGCUAGAAUGUGUACUAGAAAUGAAACAUUUGAUUGACUACGAAGUAUUAAUAGCUCUAUCUUAAUCAAAAUAUAUGUCGAAUAUACUCUAUUUAGAUUUAUCUGACAUUAAACUACCAAACAUGGAUGACUGCAUUAUGAGUAUAUGCUUUGUAGCUCAAGAUAUCAGUAUUAACUUAAGGAUAAUAAAUGUACGAAAUACAUUAAUCAGUGAUAGAGGUUUCUAAAUGAUUUCAGUUUCUUAGAAAUUUAAAAAUUUAGAAAGAAUUUACUUUAAAGAUUGCCCUUUGAUUACUGAAAGAGGUGUCUCAUUUAUAGUUGACUCAAAUAAUUUAACAAGAUUUGAUCUUAACCAUUUUCUCAAUUAAAAUUCUGGGCUUCUUAAUGGAAGAAUCAUAGAUACCCUUAAAUAUUCUAACAGAAAAGUAUUUUUCAGGGAAAUUAACUUUUAAGAAUCUUCGAUUUCAGAUAAGGAACUGUAAAAAUUAUUAAAUGAAACUUUAAGCAACUCUUUUGCUACUAAAAUGUUUGAUUUUAGGUUUACUCCUAAUCUCACUUCUGAAGGUAUAAAAUCUAUAUAUAAUAUUUAUCAAAGGACAACUAGAAAAAGAUAAGAUGGAUAAGCUCAAAAUUAGGAUGAAGUUCAAUAAUCCUAACUAGAAAUAAUAUAUUUAGAUGAAAGAAGAAAUAAGUCUUUAUUUUAUUAAUUGCCAAAUUAUGUAGAUAUUUUUGACAAAAUGCUGGAUCAAUUCUACAAUAAAAAAGAAUAAUUGAGUAUCUAAUAAUAAGUGUCAACUCCUCCAGCAAAUGCCAAUACAAAACCUCAAAACGCUUAAGCAUAAGACAAAAAUAAAUAGUAAAAAAAUAAUAACUAAUAAUAAAAUAACUAAACUGGUGGAUAACCUUAAAAUUAAUAGCAAGCAGCUAAACCUAGCGCUAAUAAAAAUAAUCAAAUAAUUUAAACUUAUGAAGAAAGCGAAAUUAAUUAGUGGAAAGAUUAUAUAAUGAGAGAUGAUCCAUAUGUUUCAUUAAAUUAUGAAGAACUUCUUAAAAAAGACAACAUAUUUGUUGAUAUCUUUCUAUACAAUUAAAACUUAAAGAGCUUUUAGUAUGACUACUUUAUAAAAAAGCAUAAAUAAUUAAUAAAUAAUAACAUUUUAACAGCCUUUGCUUUAAUUAAAUACUUUGCUUAAAAAAAAAUUUAUUAAAAAAAUUUUAUUGAUUAAAAUAAUGCUAACAAUAAAGGUUAAGAUGAAGCUGAAGCAUCUGCCUUUACUGCAUCUAUGAAUUAUUUAAAUAGUUAAUAAUUUUCUAGUCUAAAUUAUAUUGAUUUAUCAUAUAAUACCAACAUUUCAGAACAAUCUCUCUGUAGAUUCUUUUUAAAUUGUCAGAUUUUAAGAGAAGUUAAAAUUAUUAAUCUAUCAGGAACAAAAGCUACUGAAAAAGUUAUUGACUCCAUUUUCGCAAGCAAAUAUCUAAAAUGUUUAAAUUUUAUCUAAUUAGAUCAAUGUGAAGACAUUUAAGAUAUCAAUUAUUUGCUGAACAAAUUAUUAGAUGUAUCAGAAAAGACAGGUGCUUAAACUAAAUUUAAUUUAAAAAAAUUUUUUUAUUAUUAUCUAAACCAAAUAAAUGAUGAAACUUUAGCUAAAUACCUAAAAUAUUUUUAAGACAAAAAUUUAUAAGUUGAAUGCAUAAAUUUAGAUGGCUCUAAAGUAAGUGGUUUAUUCUUCAAAUACUCUGAUUGUUUUUAAAAAAUUAGAGUUUUGAAUUUGUCUAAUACUUAUUUUUCAUUUUAUUAUCUGAAUUAAAUUGCUUAGCAAAAGAAUUGUAUCAAAACAAUAUGGGUAGACAAAACUCAUAUAAUGACUGAUAAGGUUCUUAAAUAAAUGAUAGAAAAAGGAGAAUUCACAUUAUUUACUGACAUUAUUAAGCCUUAAAGUUAUGCUAAAAAAUUGAGAAUAGAAGAAUUUUUAUACUCUAAAGGACCUGAGCUAAAUAUCUCUCUCAAAAGUUUUUUAAAGACCUCACUGCUUUACUUUAAAUAAAAGAAUUUAAAUCUUAAUUAUUUCCCUUAAAUUGAUCCAUUAUUGUUAGCAGAUAUUCUUACUACGAAUAACAUUAAGCAUUUUAAAUAAAUAUGUUUAGAUUUCAAACUAAAUUGCUAAAUACCUGCAUUUAAGAAAGUCCUUAAUUUAAUCUAUUAAGCUUGUAAGAAUAGCGAAUUAUUUUGCUUUAAGUCUGAUAAAAUUUCAAUUAAAUAUUAAAUUGAUAUCUAGUAUUUUAUGUCAUAAAACUCAAUAAAGCUAGAGAAUCUACAUAAUGUAGAAAAGUAGAAAGAAUACUAAGAUAAGUAUAAGUAUGUUUUUGAAAAAGUCAUAAUAGAUCCUUCUAUCACUACCAGUUUUCCUUUUAUUAUAUAAGAAUCUGUUAAAGAUAUUGAAAAAUACUAUAGUUAAAUCUAAAAUUAACAACUCGAUCUAGAUGGAAGAGAUAAAAUCAUAAAACCUACCCCUAAAAUUUAAUACGCAUAUUAUAAUUUCUUAUUCCAACCAUUUUAGUUCACCGAACUUGAUUUGAGCUCAAAUUUAAUAGAAAGAAAAUCCUUUAGACUUCUAAUAAAACUCUUAAGAAAUGAAAAUAGCUUACUAAAGCUUAAUUUGAUUAAUUAAAAGCUGAUUUAUGACUAAGACAUAAUUAAGUACCUCAUCAAAAAAAAUGACCUAAAUUAAUUCUGCUUUAAAUAUCUAGAAGUGCUAAAAAUAAUAGAUACUAAUGUUACUUAAAGAAGUUUAUGCUGUGUAUUAAAAGAAUGUCCAUUUAGUAGCUCUUUUAAUAUAUCUGAAUUAAUUGAUGAUUAUAUUUAAAACUUUAAAAAAAAUAAAUAUAAUGCAUUAAAUAAUUCAUUAGCAGAGUAUUUAAUCGACAGUCCUUAUUUAUUAAAUAUUAAAAGCUUAGAUUUAAGAGAUAUCCCUAUCACAGAUAAUAUACUUCAAUAGCUGUUUUACAGUAAGUAUGCAAUUAAUAUAGAGAAAAUAUAACUGAAUUACGAAUUUGUAAGCAAUUCAACAUUUAUUGGACUCGCAAGUACCAAAAAGUUACCUUUAUUAAAAUCUUUCUAUAUUGAUAAUGAUGCUACCAAUUGCAAAACUCAUUUACACUACUUAUUUAGAGCCAAAAACUUGCACUUCGAUCUUGAUAUGUCAUAAAUUGUCUUUGAAAAUAAUUUCAUGUUCUAAUAAGUAAACUAUGUUAUGAGUAUGAUUGAGAGUAGUUAUAUGCUCAAACAAAAGACUUUAGUCAUGAAAAGUAUUCAAGAAAAUAUUGAAAACAUCAACUAACUUUUCAAACUUUCACCUUAUUUAUAGAAUAUUUAAGUUAUACACAUUACAAGUUUAGAUGAUAGAGAUACUUUUUAUCCUGUAUGGGUCAAUUUGGCUAAGACAAACAAAUUACCAAAUCUUGUUGAUUUAACUAUCUCAAAAGUAUUACGUGAUCAUUUAAAAAUACUGCUUGUUUAAGAAAACAAACCUAAAUUAGAUCUUUCUAAAUUAUUUUAUGAAAAUGGAGAUGUUGUUGACGAUGAAUGUCUUAAAAUUUUAAGUAACUAACCUAAUCUUUUAAAUAUGGAAGUUCUUGAUCUUUCAUCAUUGAGGAUAAUUUAAAACGGAAUAAGUAGCUCAAGCUUAUUAGAAUUAGCUCUCAGUAAAUAUGUGACUAAUAUCAAAAAAAUAAUUUUAUAUGAAGAUUAGGAGAAAGUAUAAAGAGCUACGCUUCCAAAGUUUGAGGAAAAACUUCAAAAAAAGCUAAAUAAACAUAAAAAGAUUUAUGAGAUUUAUGAAUAAAAUGGAGAAGAAAUGAAUGUUAACAAGGAGGAAGUAGCAAAGCAUUAAGGAGAGUACGCUGGUAUCUAUGAAGAUAUGCUACUUACUAAUAACUUUUCUAAUUUAGAAAGUAUUGAAUUUAAAGGAAUAGAAUGUAUCCACCCAUUGUAUGUAUUAUACACAGCUCAUAGAGUCAAAAAGAGAUUUUAUUCUCCCAAAUUUAAUCUUGAUGAUUUCUUCGUUUAAAUAGCUAAUUAUUUCUCUGAUGAUAACAGUUUAGAUGAUGAAUAGAGACCAAAAAAAAGGUCUUUACAACAAAUAUUUAACUUAUUUUAUGAAAUUGAUAAAUCAUUUUACACUAAAAGACAUAAAGUGGUAAAAAUGACUCCAUUCUAAGUAUUUAAUAGAAGUGGUGUUUCCUAUUUAUUAAAUAAGUUAGAGCACCUUUCUUUGAUUGAAGAAAUCAAUUUAAAAUUUGUUGAACCUACUUCAAAUCUAUUCUUCAUCAUUAGAUAUGGUUCGAGAAGUAAAUACUUACUAAAUCUCAAAAAAAUAAACAUUGAUAUUGAGCAAUUUUAAACAUACUAUUUUAGUGAAUACUACUUCUAAGAUUCACUUUUAAAUUUAGAAUCUGCAGUAGUAAAUGAUUAAUUUUAAUUUAGUCCCUUCUUUUAUAAAUAUGUUAUUCCUCUUAAGAGAGAGAGUGAUUGUUCGAUUGACUAAAUUUUUUCAAAUCUAUAUUCAUACCCAAAGAUCAUAGCCUCUAUGAAGGACUUAGUCUUAUUCUUAGAAGAUAUAGAGGUUAGUACAAUAAAUAAUAUUUUUGUAUAUGUUUAAUAAUUUAGGUGUAAAUAAUUAAUACUAAAGAGAAAUUAUAAUAAUUCUGAAUCGAAGGGAGAUAAUCUAAAAGCUUUACAAGAUAAUGUAAUAAACAAUAUACUAACCAAAAAAUCAUUAAUCAAUGUUAAACGUUUCAAACCAGCUUAAUUAAUUACAUUUAAAUAAUUUAUUGAGCUUAUUAAAAUUAAUUUUUUCCAUAACUCAGUAAAUAUAUUUGAAUUUUACAAAAAUUUUGUUGAAUAAUCUGAAUAAACAAAGCCUAAAUUAUCUGAAGUCUUAUAAUUGACAUAGUUUGGAAAUUACUUAUAGUUAGAAGAAUUAUUGAUUCCAAAUUUUGAAAUUGAUUUGAAUAAUACUAAUGAAUGUGAACUUUCUUAUUUCAAAAUUAUUUAAAUGACUAAUCUUAAGGAGCUAAAAAUUUAGUAUUCAGUUAGUCAAGCAGAUUUAGAAUAUUUAUUUUACUAGGUUUUUCUUGUUAAUAACAAGCUUAAAGUAACAUUUAGCUCAAUUUAAGAAGAAAUAUUAGUUAACAUUUUUACUCCACCUAAACUUGAAUUGCCACAAAAAGCUUCAGCAACAAAACAAAAUAUUACAGAAAAUGAAGACAAAGAGUAACAAAUUAACUAUUAAGAAAGCAAAGAAGGGAUACUAAAAAUAACUUCUUUUACUUAUGAUCAAAAUGGUCGUGACUGGACUUAUGUUUUAAAUUUUGUAAAUUCACAUUUGAAUUAACUCGAUGAAUAGAAAAAAAUGACUAUCUAUGAAAAUAUAAAUUAAAACAGUUCAAGAUAUUAUUUACCUAAACUAUAAAUUACUCCUUAGAUACUUUUUAAUAAAGAAUUAGGUAAGCUUACUACAAACAAGUUAUACUAUCCUAAUAUUAGCAUUACUGAUCCUAAAUACACAUCAUCAAUUCAGUUAUUCAUAGGUAAAUUAGAUUGCUUACAUAAUGUAAGUAUUUAUGGAGAAAAUGAUUACAACUUUUUCCAUUUGCUUCCUCUUUUCGAAAAAUGCUAUAGUACAUAGCUAUUUGAAGAUAUAUUUGAACAUUCAAGUUCAUAGAUAACAUAUGAAGAUAUUUCUAAAAUUCCUGAUUACAUAUUCUUUAACAUGAAUUAUUUAUGCCUAAAGAAAAAUAAAUUUAUACUAAAUGAAAAAACAAUAGAAACUAUUUAGUAUCAGAAAAAGAGGUUUUUCUUAGAUGACGCUGGUGGCUAAAAGAAGAAUAAAAAGAAGAAGCAAUAAAAACAGUAAUAGCAAGGUAGUAAUGUAGAGGAAGACUAGUAAUAAAAUCAAAAUAUUGAUUAAGAUGAAAAUAAUGAUGAAAAUUAAGCAGAUAACUAAUUAAAAGAAAAAAAUUAGAGUAGUAGUAGUGAUAGUGACAGUGAUAGCAGCUAAAGUGAAGAUGGUAAAGAAAACCCUGCUGCAAAGGUUGAAAAGGAGGUUGAAGAGGAGGAAGAAUAGAGAAUUAAUGAUGAAGACUUGAUGGAUCAAAAGAAAUGGUUCACAAAAGAAAAUUUAGCAGGGUUCUUGUAGAAAUUUGUAAAGUUAAAAAGAAUUAAUUUUGGAGAUACACAGAUUGCUGGAGAGCACUUUAUUUCUAUCAGUUUUAAUAAUUUACAUUAUAAACUUGAGCACAUUGAUUUAGAUAACUGUAAAGUUUAGAAUCCGACAGCAUUUCUUACAAGCUUCCUUUAAAGCUGGGAUCAUGACAAAGGAGAAGCUGAGCCUAGAUUGUAACUGCAGAGAUUCAUUUCUUAGAUAUCUUUCACAAAUAACUUCCCUUCAAAUAUUGAAUUUAUAAAAGAAUUAGUAGAUAGCCACUAUUUUAAAGAGCAUGUGAAAUAUCUAAAUUUAUUAAAUUUAAUCAAAUUGCAUGAACAAAAUGGUAAAGAAUUAAUGAAAAUUCUUUCAUAAAUACUGAAGAGAGGAGAUAAUAUCUUUUGUAUUACUUCCUUCCUGAUUACUUUAGGUGAUAUUCGUAAUAAGCUAAGUGAUAAUGAAUUCGAUUUGAUUACAAGGUCCUACAAUUAAAUUUAAUACCUAUCACCUUUCUUAUUCAAUAAUGUUUAUUAAGGUUUCAACCAUAUCAUUUAGCACACAAGUGUUAGCCCUAAAUCAAAAGUAAUGUACUUUUUAAGUACAAAUUUCUAAAGAUACAUAUCUGGAUGCUCUUUUUAUGAAAUAUUAUAUCUUAUUUUUGAUGAAGAUGAUUUGAUCAAUAAUGGAAUUAUUUAUGAGCGCAUAGAGGAUAUUGUUGAUACAGAAUUUGAGAAAUUAGAAAUUCUAUUUGAAACACUUCUGAAAAUUUUGGAUUCAUUUAUCGAAAAUCAAGUAGGCAUAAAUAAUUUCUUUUUUAAUCAGAUUCAAUCAUACGUGGAAUAGUUAAAGCAAGUAGUAAAUUCACUAAAUAACGAGGAAUUUAAAGAGAAAGCUUAAACAUUUUACAAUGACUUACCUAAUUAUUAAAAUAAGUAUCUAGCUAUUGCCAAUAUUUACUAAGAAUCAACUUAAUUAAAGAUGGAAAAAUCUUAAUCAACUGGUAAUAAAAUGAAAUCCUCUCUUAGAAUGAAAACUACAUAAAAUAAAUUUUCAUAAAUUUCUUCUUUAACUAAGUCUUUCUUUUAGAGAGGUUAAAAUAAUAAUUUAAAAAAUUUGCAAGAAAGAGGUCUAAGCGAGAAAAAACUUUAAUAGUAUGAACAUCAAAUAAUCAUAACUAUAUAAUAUAUUAUUCAAAUGUGUUAGAAAAUGAAGAAAUCAUUUGAUUAUAACGAAUUAUGCAUUCUUUUAGAGUUUGUUGAAACAUUGAACUUAAGAAAUAAUAGCUUUUUAAACUUUAAAGGAUUUAAUAAUUACAUAAAGAGCCACAUCUCACCUUGGUUAGCUAUGAAUUAAGGAAUUCAAAAGUUAAAAGUGUAAGGAGAUAAUGUAAAUUCAAAACUUGAUUUAAGCACAAAGAAUUUGAGAGUUUUAGUAAAGUAGAGCAAUUAAGAGAAUGAUGAAGAUAAUGAAACAAAAAGAAAUAAUUUAGAGAAUUUAAUAGAAUCUGAUAAUGAGCUUGAUGAUACAAUUUUUGAUCACCUUUGUUUGUUUAUAUAAAAAAGAAUGAAAGGUCUACGUUAUAUUAAUCUUAGUGGUGUUAAUAUAAGUGAUAUUUUUGCAGAAAAGUUUAGUCUGAUUCUUUCAGAUGAAGAUCAGCUGAGAAACCUUGUUAAACUAGACUUAACAAAUAAUAGACGUCUAUCCGCUUUUGGUAUGAAGUAUUUGUAUGCUGCAAUAGUUGAUAGAAUACAUAAAGGAUUUAGAUUAGAAAUUAGUUCUACAUUUGCAGAGGUACAAAGCUUAAAGGCACGUGUUACAGCCCUCGAAGUGAAAAUAGAAAAUUUAGAUGACAAAUCUGAACAAAUUGAAUAGUUCAAAAUGAUAGAUAAUGAAAUUGCUAAGUAAAAUAAAAUUAAAAGUAAAUCGUAAAUUACAGAAGAUAACAAACAAAACCUGUAGCAAUCAGGUAAAAGCAAAACCCAAAUAAAAAGCUAAGUGUAACUUAAUCAUGAUAACCUUGAAGAAGCUGGUAAGUUAAUAUAAACAAAAGACAAAAAUUUAAAUAGCAUCUCUCCUAUAGGACCUAAUCAGAAUCUUCCAAAUGAAAUGGUGUAGCUUUUGGAAAAGUAUUAAUCAUAGAAUAUCGAUAAAAAAGACCGUAAAUUAAACUCUCUUCUAGAGGAAUAUACAAGAUUUUAAGAGUAUUUAAAGAAGUGUUCCGAAUAGGUUGAAAAAUAUGAUAGAGUGAACGAAUAAGUUGAUUUUAUGAGCUUUAUGAAUAAUGUUACAAAUAUUGGAUUAUUUGAUUCUAUUAAUAGUUUUGUUUUAAGAAAUUGGAGAACUCAUUACUUUAUCAUUAUGAUUAUAGGAUUAAUUUUGUUCCCUUUGACAAUCUUUCACAUAACCUAAGUACUCUUGAUCAGAGUAAACACAAAAAUAAGCACAUACACCUUUUCUCCUGAUUUCAUUUAUAGAAUCUUUAAGAAAAAAGAUUAUACAAUUCUUGUUGAUAAAAAAGUUCCUGAAUCAAUCACUUCUUAAGACUUUUAUUUUGAUAAAGAUGUGGCAAUUCUUGAUUAAGUCAUUAGUGGAAAAAAUGUGAGUAUAAGUGAUCAAGCAUUAAAGUCAAAACUAAAUAGAGUCAAGUAAUUCCUAGAAAACCCAAAUUAAGACAACUUUCAUAACAUCAAAAAAGGUUUACAAAGUGAAAAAACAACUAAUUUGCUAAAGUAUUUAGAUUACGUUGUUAUAUUUAACAUUAUAGUAUUUUAGCUUUUCUUGACAAUAGCAUAUCCUUUCAUCAUAGAAAAUUCUAAAACUGAUGAUACCUGUGACAAAACAUCCUCGACUUAAGAUAUACCAAUUUAUGUUUAUCUAUUUAUAUCUUGUUUUAUAGAGCUUAUAUUACUGAGGAAUUUAGAGCAGAUUAUUGGUUCACAGCAAAUAUUUACUACAAGUAGCUUAUCAGUUAUUUCAUUGCUUUCUUCUUCAAUUAUGGCUAGAUACGAUAUUUACACUGAUGUUUGUUUUGGUAUAUAGCUCGCUUUCUGUAAAAAGUUAAAUUCUUAAGAUCUAGGUGCUUAUUGUUUAGCCUUAGCUGCAUUGAAUUUGAGUAUCUCAAUAUAUAUGCAAAGAAAUUGCAUAGCAAGGAUUAUGGAUUACAGAAAGAGGAAAGCAGGUGAAAUUCACAAUACUGCCUUCAUUAAUGUUUAUACUAAACUAACACUUGUGUAAGAAAUGAAUGCUUUUGGUACAGUUUUAGAUAGAUUCUCAACUACAGCUAUAUAAACCUUUGAAAAGCCAUUAUUUAAGUUUAGUUUUAUGUAGGGUAUUAUUGUGCCUUAGGUUAUCAUUUCUAAAUUCAUUAGAGCUUUCAUAGAAGAUAUCCCACAAAUUUUCAUUAUUUUAUUCUACUAGUUCAGGCAACAAGGAUCAAGCUAAAUUUCUUUUGGAAGUUGGCAAUAUUUAAGAGUCAUUCUAUCUUCAUUAUUGAGUCUUUUUAGUGCUUUAUCAUAGACUUGGCACGCGAAACCUAGUAUAUUCAAGACUUACAUGUUUUCAGAAUAUAUUGGAUUUAUUUAGAAGGGAGAAAAUGGGUAUAAAAUAAAUGUCACUUAUAAAAACUUUAGUUAAUCAUAUACAUAUGAGUAAAUCUAUGCUAAGAUUAAAGCAUACACACGUGUCUAUCCUAUAUCAAGCUAAAAUAGUCAAGAUCAUAGGAAGAAGGCAGUUUUGAGUUAAAUAGUUAGAUAGUAGAGUCAAAGUGUACCAGCUAACAAUGAGAGCCAAUCACAGAUAUAAGAUAAUUUUUCUUAAGAUUAAUCUGUCAACAUAACUUCUAAUCAUACAUUACGUUCUGCAAUGCAAAGUGAAGCAGUAUCCACAUAAAGAAGACCAUCUCUCACCUCUCAAAGAAACAAUGAUGAUGCUUUAAGUGAAAGAAGUGUUACAACUCGUGAAAUUCAAUAAAGAUAGAGAACAACAGAUUAUCAAACAGGUCUCAUUCACUAUCUAUGCACAGAUGGGUUAACACCUGAUGAAUUCUGGAAAUGUGUUGAUUACUUUGAAGAUCAAUAAAGCUAGUUAGAAAAGGCUCAAUAAGAAAGUAAAAAGAAGAAUAAAACAAUAAUAGCAAAGUGA